GGCCAGGAAUCACCUUCAGGACAGUCUGGUGAUAGUAAUUAAGGAGGAAAGCGUCCACGAGCCUUGAAGAUACAGAUGUGCCUAUAGGUAGCCAGAAAUGAACCUUUGGAGCAGUGAUUAAAUAUUUGAAAAUACUUUCUUGGUGAUUUUAAUAUUUGAAGGCUCAUGAGCAGAAAUAGAUGACUGGAAUGAACUGUGCAUAAAGAAUCCCCUUCCUGUUAUUUUCUUUGGGAAGAUUAAGAUAGAACCUAACAGCCACCAGAGGGCACCAUGGAGUCCGCUAUUGCUCUUUCCCAGAAAUUGUACUUUUCUGUUUUAGAUUUAUUCAAAUACAGAAAGAACUAACAAGAAUUUAUGUGUGUGUAAAUAACAGUUCUUAAAUUUCAUGAUUUAGUUUAGGCGAGUUAUUGCCUCUUUCCUUUGAAAAUCAACCACAUUAUAAGCUUAUUGGAUGUGUGUUAACUCUGAUCCUAAUUUUCAUAUUUCCUUUAUAACCCUUUUUAACUGGUUCCUUAGAUUUGUUAUUUAUCUUUGAAGUAGUUACAUGAGUGUUAAUUUUAUUUCAUCUUAAUAAAACAAGGACUUAAGAAAUUGUAUACAGUAAUUGCAUAUAAUGUGGUGUCUAUGAAAUAGAUUAGAGAGUCAGAUUUCUUGGGUUUGACUCCUGAUUCCACCCUUUCCAGCAAUGCAGACUUACUAUCUUCUGAGUCUUAGUUUCUUGAUCAGUAAAAUGAGACAAAGAAUAGUUCCUACCUCACUUAUUUAAGCUUUUACUGAAUUACUGUAUUUAAUGAUAUAGCACCCAUUAAGAAUAAACAUUAUCUAUUGUAUGACUAAGUGCUAUCACUUAAAAUUAGUUGGGAAAAUUUUAGAGUGGAAUGUUACUUAGCAUAUUUCAGUAAGAAGUGUUUAAAAUUGAAUGAUGACUGCUGUAUGAGUUCUCUUAAUUAUUCAGCACCCCUACAGAUCCCACCUCUUUACUGUCUUGAGCUUCUAAGAAAACUGAAGCCAGUAUUUGUAAAGUUACCUCAGCUUUCCAUCUAUUGUUUCUACAUACCUAUAAUGCUCCAGUUAUAAAUGGACAAACCCUUGAACAACAUGGGUUUGAACUGCCCAGAUCCACUUAAUAUAUACAUUUUUUUCAGUAAAUACUAUAGUAUUGCAGGAUCCAGGGUUGGUUGAAUCUUUGGAUGUGGAACCUCGGAUACUGAGGGCUAGCUGUAGGAUUUGAGCCUCCGUGGAUAUCCCGGGACCAACCCCCUGCGGGUACUGAGGGACAGCCAUACACUUAACUUUUCCCUCUUUUGAGAUAAAGGUUCUUUGGCAUGGAUGAAUGUUCAGCAGGAAGAUUAGACUUGACCGAACAGACUCCUAUCUUAUUAGGGAGUAAAGCCAUGGCAGCUAAUCUCAUGGAUGUAGGAGACUCAUUUGGUGACGCAGCUAGUCCUUUAGUUAAUAGAUCUAGAAACUCAUCGGUGGAAGGUGAUGAUGGUGAUGAUGAUGAUGUUGUGUUUAUUGAAUCUAUACAGCCUCCUUCAAUUUCUGCUCCAGUAAUAGCUGAUCAAAGACAUUUUGUAUUUCCUGCAUCAAGAAAUAAAAAGCUUCUAGGACAUUAUUCUGUAAUUCUUCCUUCAUCAAGAUAUUUGGCUUCUCAGAAGGGAAAUACAAGUGAGACAAUAGUUAUUGAUGAUGAAGAGGACAUGGAAACAAAUGGAAGGGAAAAGACAGUUUCUCCCAGUUUUAUUGAAUGGGGAUUUCCUGGAACUAAAAACAGAACCAAAGAUUUGGAUUUCUCCACUUCCAGUCUUUCAAGAAGUAAGACCAAGACUGCAGUAGGACCUUUUAAUCCUGGUAGAAUGAAUGUGGCAGGAGGUGAAUUUCAGAAUGGAGGAUUUACAACUCAUCAUAGUCCUGAUUCUUGGAUCUCCCAGUCAGCAUCCUUUCCCCGUAAUCAGAAACAGCCAGGGGUGGAUUCUUUAUCACCAGUGGCCUCGCUUCCUAAACAGAUUUUCCAGUCUUCUGCCCAACAGCAACCCACUAAAGCAGCUAAAAUCACUUGUGCAAACUGCAAAAAACCUUUACAGAAGGGACAGACAGCUUAUCAGCGAAAAGGAUCAGCUCACCUCUUCUGUUCUACCACCUGCCUUUCUUCCUUCUCUCAUAAGCGUACUCCAAAGAAACGCAAUGUGACAUGUAAAAAAGACGCACCUACCAAAAAAGCUACCGUUGUUUCUCAAGGGGAGUCAAGUGAACCCUUCCCAAAAUGUUGUAGUACGUCUCGUUUGUCUCCCUAUGAAGACAGCCAGAAUCUUCGAAAAAGAGUUCUGAACAAAUCAAGAUGUACAAUCUGUAAUAAACUAACAGAGAUUCGGCAUGAAGUCAGCGUUAACAACGUGACACACAAGCUGUGCAGUAACCAGUGCUUUAACAAGUACAGGCUGGCCAAUGGUCUAGUGAUGAACUGCUGUGAGCAGUGCGGCGAGUACCUGCCCGGCAAAGGAGCUGGGAACAGUGUCCUGGUUGAAGGUCAGCAGAUGCGAUUUUGCUGCCAAAGUUGUGUUAACGAGUAUAAACAGAUGAUGGAAACAAACUUAAAAAAAGUAUUAGCAUCAGAAAACAGAAAAAGGAAUGCUGUUGAAGAAGAAAAUGAAAGAGAAUUUUAUGGAUCAUUGAAUAUACUUCUGGAAAAAAUAGAAGAAAUACCAGAAAAAAAGGAAAAGACUUCAGAACUACAGGUUUCAGCAGAAUGUAGCCUAGACACAUCAGUGGUCCAACAGGAUGUGAAUUUACCAGGCAUAGCUGAUAAACUUCAAGAGCAACUGGGAGAGAAACCAUCAGAAGACUCUGUUAUUUCAGCUGUGCUUUCUGCAGAUCCAGGUACAUGGCCCCGAAUUUUGAGUAUUAAACAGAGGGACACUCUAGUUGAAAAUGAUCCACCUCAAGUAAGAAAUUUUAACUUCCCAAAAGACAGUACAGGGAGGAAGUUUUCAGAAACUUACUAUACAAGAAUUCUUGCAAAUGGUGAGAAAACCACUAGAUCCUGGUUACUUUAUUCGACCUCGAAAGAUUCUGUGUUUUGUCUGUAUUGCAAACUCUUUGGGGAGGGAAAAAAUCAACUGAAGAAUGAGAAUGGGUGCAAAGAUUGGCAGCAUUUAUCACAUAUUCUUAGCAAACACGAGGAGAGUGAAAUGCACAUCAACAAUAGCGUUAAAUAUUCAAAAUUAAAAUCUGAUUUGAAAACAAGUAAAAUUGUUGAAGCUACAGAACACAGAUUACAGGAGAGCGAGGGGAAGGAUGGUAUGAAGCUGUUGUACACCUUAAACCUGAUCUGACAUGACAUGAAGAGGUCGAAUACUUAUUCAGAGCUGUACCCUGAUAGUCUGUCCUUUGUGCUGAGGCUCCCAGACUGAGUGCUUCCUCCGCUCAUUAGUAAUGAGUAUCAUAGCAAGUUAACUUGUAAAGAUGGUUUCUGCUCCAGGUUCUCGUGAUUAAUGUCCAUUCCAGAGAAGGCAGUUGUUGAUCUUUUCAGUCUUUCAGUUCACAUCUUUUAAAAUGGGCAUUUCAGGACUGACUUUUGACUGGUGUGAUCAAUAUUUUGUUCUGAUUAUCUUGAAAGAGGGAGAAUAAGGCUUGAAUUUAUCAAUACCAGUUGAAUAAGAUACAUAUGUGAACACGUACUGUUAUUUAGAAAUAGAAUGGGAUCUGAAGCUGCAGCUUUUUGCUAGUAAACCAAAUACUUGUGGUUUAUUUCAUUUGAGCAAAAUGUUAUUAUUUGAACAAAGUAGCAUCAUUUGUUAUGUUAAAUGAAUUAAGGUGGUUAAUUUGUGUUUUAUUGGUUUUGUUUUAAUUUAAUUUAUAAAUAUUGUAGCUUUUGUUGUCAUCUGAAAACUAUAAGCAUAAAGAAUAUACCUAUUUUUAUGUUGUUACAAAUAUAAAAUAUAUUGUUGGUAUAAAUAUUAAAAUAAAAAUAUAUUAAGUUAA